CGCUAUUUUGCACCAUACUCUCUCUGUCUUCUUUUUCAAUCCCCAUCAUGGCUUCAUGCAAUGACCAGAACUUGGUCUAUAACUUCAAGAUUUCAUCGGUUGGACCGGGUCGAAUUACCGGUUCGGAUGUGGUGUACGAGCUCAGUGGGUUGGACUUGGCCAUGAAGCUUCACUAUGUGAAGGGUGUCUACUUCUUCAGUAGUCAAGCAACACGUGAGCUCAACAUUAUGCACAUUAAGGAAACUACGUUCUAUUGGUUGAAUGAGUUCUAUAUGAUCUGUGGGCGGUUCCGGCGAUCGGAAGAGACUGGUCGACCGUACAUGAAGUGUAAUGACUGUGGUGUGAGGAUGGUAGAGGCACAGUGUGAUCUGACGAUAGAUGAAUGGCUUGAAAAGAAGGAUUGUUCUCUUAAUAAGCUGCUUGUUUACCAUCAACCUAUUGGUCCUGAAUUAUGCUUCUCUCCUCCUACUUACUUGCAGGUAACUAAGUUCAAAUGUGGAGGGAUGUCACUGGGCUUGAGCUGGGCCCAUGUACUUGGGGACCCGUUUUCUGCUUCUGAUUGCGUCAACAUGUGGAGCCCAUUUUUUGCUGGUCUCAAAUCCAAUAGGCCUUUGCAAAUCACAAAAUCACCCGACAGGCUUGAAAACCUUGAACCAGUAAAACAACCGCUUUCAAUGAAGCGGGUCAACCAGGUUGGUGACCAUUGGGUAACUGCCAAUAACUGUAAAAUGGAAACAUUGUCACUCUAUUUAACUACCUCACAGGUGUCUCAGCUUCUCUCAAAAAUCUGGGGUGAAAAUCCUAUCAAAGAAGCUCCAUUGUUUGAGUCUCUUUGUGCCAUGAUGUGGCAAUGCAUAGCCAAAGUUAGAGAAGAGCAUGAGCCCAAAAUAGUGACUAUUUGCAAAAAAGACCCUAGUGUUCCAAAAACUGGGAUUUUAAGCAACAGUCAAAUUAUAAGUUCUGUUGAGGCAGAUUUUUCAAUCAAGGAUUCAGAUCUGGAGAAAUUGGCAAAUUUGCUGGUCGAUCGAGCAAUUGAUGAGAAAAAUCAAAUCGAGAAAAUGGUAGAGAAAGAUAAUGGAUCCUUUGAUUAUAUAAUAUAUGGAGGGAAUUUGACAUUUGUAAAUUUUGAAAAUAUUAAUUUAUAUGGACUGAAAUGGAAUAAGCAUAAACCGAAAUUCGUACACUAUACUAUUCAAGGAGUCGGAGACGAAGGUGCUGUUUUUGUGCUUCCAUGGCCGGAAAAAGAUUGCGACGAACGUAAUGGCAAAGGAAGAGUCGUGACGGUAGUUUUGCCGGAAAAAGAGGUGACAAAGCUCAGAUAUGAGCUUAAGGGUAAUGGUUUAUUGAUUGAUGGUGAUCUUGAAUGAUUACAAGGUUAAUAGCGCUGAUCAAUAAAUGAGCAUGUAGUUGAUUAUUUAUUUGUUUAUUUUUAAUCAUGUAGUUCGGAGUGAGGUUUGACUGUUUGUGUGUUCAGCAAUUUUCUGUUUGUAGUUGAAGAUUAUGGAGUUGUGAUAAUAAUAAUAAUAAUAAUAAAGUUAUUAUUAUUAUUAUUAUUAUUUCUACGUCUCAAUUUAUAUAAUUUAGUUUUCGUUUUCUUGA